GACUUCGCUAACUGCACGCAUGGCGAUAAUGACAAUAGUUAGUAUUGUUUCAAUAGAAGAAUGAUAUCGACUGCGCGCGCAUUCUUAUGCUUGGCGAUAUGGACAGAAUCGGUGUCGUCAGAUAAAAGCAGAAAUUCACCUACAUCUUUCUUUUUGUCAGAUUAACCAAUCGUUUCUUCAUCACCUUAUGACUCAAUCAACGAAUAUAUGGCAGACAGAAACCGACAAAGAUUUCUUUCAAUUCUCAUCCCGUUUCAGUCCGGUGGAAAGCUCUUCAUCAGGAAGCUAUUUCGCCCAUGCUGGAAGACGCAAAAGUCGCAAGCAAUGGUCCCUGUCAAAUUGAGGCUGCGGAUUCGAGAGCGUGUGCAACAUGGCGAGCACUUUUUAGGUUUACUUCUCUAUCAGAUGCCUUAUGGCUGUCUUUUGCUGUUUUACUUUCAAUAAUAUCCGGCAUGAUUGUACCUGCGCUUGCCUUUGUGCUUGGUAAAACAUUCAACUCAUUCGCAGAUUUCGGUGCUGGGCGGAUUGACGGCUCAACUCUACGUCAAAGAGUAUCUCAUGAUUGCACCGUACUGGCAGGCCUAGGAUCGGCAAGUUGGUUAUUGAACGGAAGUUAUCUUAUGUUCUGGGUAUGCUUUGGUGAGCUUCAAGCCAGAAGUGCAAGGGAAAGAAUAUUUGCCAGCCUCAGCACGAAGAAUGUUGAAUGGUAUGACAUGGAAUCAAACGGCACCGGAGCUUUGCUGCCGAGGAUGAAAAGAUUGGUACAUGAUUUGCAGACUGCGACGUCUCAACCGCUGGGAUUCAUUGUCCAAUACACGAGCACAGUACUUUCUGCACUCGCUCUGGCAUUCUACUACUCUUGGAAACUUACGUUUGUUACAAUGUCCACAAUGCCGGUUGCUGCAAUUACUUUGUCAUUCAUUUCAGCAAAAAUGCAGCCUAGUAUUGCAGAGCAAACAUAUCAGCUCGCAGCAGCGUCGAAAAUUGCAAAUGGCUCGCUGUCUUCCAUAGAAACCGUCAAAUGUUUCAACGGGCAAGAUUCUGAGAUAUCGCGUUAUAGCAAAACCAUCAAAGCUGCUGCCAAGGAUUAUCUCAUCCAAGCCCGUAUAAAUGCUCUUCAAAUAGGGUUCGUGCGCAUCUUUACUCUAGGAAUGUUUGUUCAAGGGUUUUGGUAUGGCAGUACGCUGGUUUCUUCUGGCCAAAAAUCUGCUGGCGACAUUCUUACCACUUUUUGGGCGUGUCUCAUGGCUACUCAGGCAAUCGAGCAAAUACUACCGCAUCUAAUCGUGGUAGAAAAGGGCAAGGCUGCCGGCGCGGCUCUCUAUUCCACGAUCUCCUGCAACGCGGCCAAAGGAGGUGGUUGUUUACCUAUGGGAAGGAAGGAAUUGGCAAGGAGCGUUGGGGACAUUGACAUUAGAAAUGUUUCGUUUUCUUAUCCCUCCCGUCCUGAUCGACUUGUUUUACGGGGCGCGAGCCUAUUCAUUCCUGCGGGAGAGCUCACAUUCGUUGUCGGUCAGAGUGGAUCUGGCAAGAGCACACUAGGAGCUCUAUUGAUGCGUUUUUAUGCUCCACAGCAGGGCAAUAUCCUCAUUGAUGGCCAUUCUUUACAGACCCUUAGCACCGAAUGGCUGAGACGCAAUAUAACCUUUGUCCAGCAAGAAACGUUUCUAUUCAACGAAUCACUUUUGCAAAACAUAGCUCUUGCGUCCAGUAGUUAUCGGAAUGUUGCCAGUCAUGAAGUUGAAAACGCCGCCGAGUUUGCACUGUUGCAGCGGACAGUCAACGACCUACCUGAUGGUCUAGACACCCUAGUCGGAGCCGGGGGCGGCUCACUCAGCGGUGGCCAGAGGCAGCGAGUUGCUAUUGCGCGGAGCAAGCUGCGCGAUACGCCUAUCCUCAUUUUGGAUGAGGCAACUAGCGCUCUAGACUUUACGACUCGAACUCUUCUGAUGGACUCGAUUCGACGAUGGCGACGAGAUAAGACAACCGUCAUUAUCACCCAUCAUAUUGAUCAAAUCCUAGCAAAUGACUAUGUUUACCUCAUUGACAAAGGAAAUGUCGUUCAGGAGGGAUAUCGGUGCGACAUAGAGAACUCUGAUCCAGGCUCGUUCUCGUCGCUUGCUGCGCCACGGGAUGUCGGUGGGAAAUGCUCUGCUAAGGAUAGCCUCCGGGACGAGUUCAAUCAGCGAUCAAGGCAAGAGGAGAGAACACUUGCUCUGCCGCAACCUAAUGAUUGGUAUAAAAGAAGCCGGAUACGGCCUUCGUCAAUCAUACCGGCUGUGUUCGCCGCCACGAGCGCCAAUCAAGUCCAGUGUCGCCGUCAAUCUUCUGUUCUUGUAUCGCCUUUCCUUUCUGCCCCUGCAGAGGUGCGACAGUCGAGCCUUCAGUCCUUUCUAGAUCCUCUAUACAACGUGCAAGAGCCCCAGAGGUUCCAGAACACGAAUUUUAAGAGGAUGACUGCGAGCAGCGACAUUGAACUGAUUGAAACCAGUGGUCUUGCAUCUUCUCAGGCCCGUUUACAGUCUUCAAAACUCAGAAAGACUGAAAGCAAACGUCUGACGACCAUGUACGAAAUGAGCCCACCAAUAGGCCUACCUGCAAACAACCUGGAAACAGUCAUUUCCAUGAAAUCAAUCUUCAGUACAAUAUGGCCGGUACUCGAUACAAAGGGCCGUGUUCUUCUUAUUUUGGGCUUUCUGUCUGCCGCGAUGCACGCUGCCGGGACGCCCCUGUUUUCCUGGGUAUUUUCUAAGUUGCUUAGUUCACUUUACGUCCGGCACCAUCAAAAAGAAAUUGCUCUGACAUGGUCUUUGUCAAUUCUUGCAGUUGCACUGGGGGAUUCUAUUUCUUCUUUUGCAAUGCAUUAUCUGCUUGAACGCUGUGGACAAUGCUGGAUCGACGCGCUUAGACUGGAAGCUUUUAGUCGCGUCAUCGACCAACCCCGGGCAUUUUUUGAUGAAGAGAAGAAUGAAGUUGCCCGGAUACUGGAGUGUCUUGACCGAAAUGCAGAAGAAAUGAGGAAUUUGAUUGGUCGAUUUGCAGGACUGCUAUUUGUCGCUGCUCUGAUGAUGGUGGUCGCCAUUGUCUGGGGCACAAUAAUCAGCUGGAAAUUGACACUUGUGGGGUUGUCGGUCGCCCCUUUUGCAUACGCCAUUACGAGAACUUAUGAAUAUGUCAGUGGAAAAUGGGAAAAGUUGAGUAAUGACGCCUCGAUCGCUUGCGGUGUCGCGCUUGACGAUGCCUUUACUUCUGUUACGACGGUCAGGGCUUUGACACUGGAGAAAUAUUUUCAACAAAAGCAUACAAAUGCUGUGAAAAGCUGUUGGCGUAUUGGAGUGAAGCGGGCUGCGUACUCUGGCCUUUUCUUUGGACUUUCAGAUUCCACCGUUGUCUUCGUCACUGCAAUUCUAUUCUACUACGGCUCCGUACUGGCUGCUACUUUUCAGUAUACCACGCAAGAAAUUCUUUCCGUCUUUUCCAUUCUUCUCUUCAGCGUGAGCAACGCCAAUGCCAUUGUCUCUUUCAUCCCACAAAUCAGUGCUUCAAAAGACACUGCAGCGCGAGUUCUAAGACUCUCACGCCUCCCACGCUCAUCUCACGAAUCCACAGGCUACAUACGACCAAUUGAGCCUACGCCUAUAAUCUUCAACAACCUGUCAUUCAGCUACCCCUCGCGGCCAGCUUCCCGGGCGUUAAACUCCAUCAGCUUCACAAUCCCACGCGAUACGUGUACCGCGAUUGUGGGACUCUCAGGCAGUGGGAAAUCAACCAUUGCCUCCCUCAUUCUCGCCCUCUACUCACCUACUACCCAGUCCCACUUUCCCUUUCGUACAUCCACACAGCCACCGCUCACUAUCAGCGGACAUGACAUUCGAUCUAUACACAUCCCUACACUCCGAUCCCUAAUCGCCAUCGUCCCGCAAUCACCUACUCUCUUCCCCGCCACAAUCGCGCAAAACAUCACCUACGGUCUCCGCUCCUCCUGCUCCUCAGUCCCACUUGCACCUCCUGCAGAAGAAGAAGAAGAAGAGUCUGCGCGCGUCCGCGCCGCCGCAAUCGCCGCUGGCAUUGACGAAUUCAUCUCCUCUCUUCCUCAGGGCUACGACACGCUCGUGGGCGAAGGCGGCAUGGGGCUCUCGGGCGGCCAGGCGCAGCGUAUUGCCAUCGCGCGAGCGCUCAUUCGGAGACCAAAAGUGCUCAUCCUCGACGAAGCGACCAGCGCGCUGGACACGCUGAAUCGCGACGCGAUCGCGGCAUCCAUUAUGAAGAUUGCAGCGCAGCAUGGAAUCACAGUCGUGCUUAUCACGCAUGAUGCGUAUAUGAUGAAGCUGGCGAACAGGAUAGUCAUGCUUGAUGCUGGGAGAGUAGUUGAACAGGGAACUUGGGAUGAAUUGAUGAGAUGCAACGGACCGUUUGCCAAGCUGAUGAGUGCUGGUCUUUGGGACGAGGGGGCAUAGUGCGAAUAUGCUGAGCGAUAGUAUGGCUGUGUGCCUAUGUGUCCGUGUGGUGGGUGGGGGGCGUUAGUCCUGGUAGUUUCGUCUUUUUCUUUUCUUGGAUCCGUAAUGGCGUUAUCCAUUCCCAAUUUUAUGAGAAACUUCACAGACGAUAGAAAAUAUCUAAGACAAUCAUAACAAUGUCAUUUCCAAAAAAAGUAUCACCCAUUGAGUAAGCCACUGCACACAAAACCAAAUAUAUCACUGUUCUUGUGCAGAGAAUAAAUUAAAAGGUAGGUAUAUGUAUAACGAGAGACAAAGAAAUCCCAAUAAUCCAAAACUCACGCGCUGAUUUUUUUGCAAACAAAGUAGAACAAGACUAAGCAACCCGAGGUAGGUAAAGUAGCCAAGGUAGAUGUCGAACACAACCACACAAACGAAUACAGGGAAAUAUAAAAUGCGAUAUGCGAGGCUCUAGUUGAGAUACUGUGAGGA